AUGAGCUGCAAGGUCAUAUCAGUCAUUGGCACGACCGGCGUGGGCAAGUCGCAGUUUGCCGUUGAGCUUGCGCGCGCAGUUGACGGCGAGAUUGUGAAUGCCGACUCCAUGCAAAUGUACCGCGGCCUCGACCAGAUCACCAACAAACACCCCGUGGCCGAGCGAAAAGGUGUACCGCACCAUGUGAUGGACCACGUGCCCUGGGAUACGGAGUACUACAUUCACAGGUUCAAACAGGAGGCCAUGGCAGCAAUAGCAGAUAUUCACAAGCGCGGGAAAACCGCCAUCUUGGUCGGUGGCACGCACUAUUAUCUUCAGAGCCUGCUUUUUCUAAACAAGACCCUGGAUACCGCCACGGCCGAGCCGCUGACCGAGGCUGAGCGCGCGAUUCUGGACGGCCCACCCGACGACGUAUUUCGCACUCUGCAGCAGAAAGACCCCGUCGUGGCGCAGAAGUUCCAUCCGAACGACCAUCGUCGCGUGCGCCGCGCGCUCGAGAUCUACUUCUCCACCAAGCAGCGCACGUCUGAUCUGUACCGGUCGCAGCAGCAGCAGACAACAUCGGCGCUCCGCUACCAGAUGCUGUUUUUCUGGCUGUAUGCGCGGCAGGACGUGCUGGACGAGCGGCUCGAUUCCCGCGUGGACAAAAUGUUGCAGCAGGGCGCGCUGGACGAGAUCCGCGCGAUGCACGCGUUCCGUGCGCAGAUGGAGCGCAAGAUGGCGCUUGAUCGCGGUGUCUGGCAGGUCAUUGGGUACAAGGAAUUCCUGCCGUACCUGGAAGAAGGCCCUGGACGGCUGGCUGGUUGCAUAGAGGACAUGAAGCGCAACACGCGGCGGUAUGCGCGCCGGCAGGUGAAAUGGAUUUCCAGGACGCUGACGCGCGAGCUGGGGCGCGAGGAGCAGUUUGGCUGGCCGAACGGCGGCCAGGUGGUGGUGCUGGACGCUACAGAACUUGGAAACUGGGAGCAGGACGUGGCACGGCGCGGAGUGGACGUUUGCCGCCGAUUUUUGACCGGCUCCCCGCCUGUGCAGGCACUGACGGUGCCAGAGACGCUGUCGGGAGUGCUGGUGGUGCCUGGGGAGGCUGGGAAGGACGAGACAAACUGGCAGCACCACUACUGCGAGACGUGUGUGGACGAAACGGGACGACCGACGCUGUUUGUCGGGGAGCAGUACGCGAUCCAUCUGAAGAGCAGACGGCAUCGGAGCAACGUAAAAAAGAGCCUCAGAAGGCCAGUGCAUACGAAGUAA